AACCAGCAUCAUGGCGCCCCAAUGUCUACAUUUACGGAAGGUGUCGAACUUGACAGAAAUUGCAUCUCAGGAAGUUUGAUUGGUACAUGCAGAGGGAAGACCCGUCUGACCUCAGCUGUGCUUGUUACAUAAUGUGUCUAGUAUAUUUACAUAAAAAAGUCCUGUCCUGCCCCCUCCUCCAGACCACGCUCGCGAGACUUUUGCAUCUGACCUUGAACUCUUGUCAUCCUACCCGUCAUGAACAUUGAUUCAUCAAGGCUAUUGGCGCUCUUUGUGUGUUUAGGGUUGGCAAUAUGUGUUGAGUCUCUAUCCGCGACAUGUCAACAGCUAUCCGCAUCGACGAAGAUCCAACAAUACCAGGGGAUUGAGAUAGAGUACACCCAGGAGCAACAAAACUAUUGGUCGACUGCUUGCAGCAACCUGAAGCCAGGCUGUAUCUUGGUUCCAACGAGUGCUAUAGAGGUUUCAACUAUUGUCACUGCCCUGCUCAAUAACAAAGAACAGUUUGCUGUUAAGUCGGGAGGACAUAACCCGAACAACUACUUUGCAAGCGUACAAGGUGGCCCUUUGAUCUCUACCAAAGGGCUAAAAGAAGUCGUGUACCACAAGGAGAACAAUACGGUCAGCGUCGGCCCCGGAAACAAAUGGGAAGAGGUUCACGAAGCUCUCGAGGGAACUGGAGUGACUGUCGUUGGGGGCCGCAUCGGGAAUGUCGGCGUGGGUGGCUAUCUUCUAGGAGGGGGGCUCAGUUUUCUCAGCACCCAAUACGGCUGGGCAUCGAACAAUAUAGUGUCAGCGGAGAUGGUACUUGCGAAUGGAUCGAUAGUAACCGCAUCCGAUACUUCCAAUCCGGACCUUUUUGCUGCCAUAAAAGGAGGUGGCAAUGCGUUCGGAAUCGUAACAAGGUAUAACUUGCAAGCGCAUGCAAUAGGACAGAUAUGGGGCGGGAACUUGGUAUUUGGCGGCGACAAAACAGACGAGAUACUCGCGGCGAUUCGAAACUUUACUGAGAAUUAUCAUGAUCCAAAGGCAGCCAUCAUCGCAACUUCGGAGUUGACUGUAUUGAACAGCGUCAACAUCUGGAUCUUUUUUCUGUUCUACGACGGGCCACAACCUCCAUCUGGAGUAUUUGAUGAAUUCUUAGAUAUCCAAUCGUCGCUCAACACUUGUAAGACGAGGUCCUACACCGACUUGCUGAAAGCGAACAACGUCUUCGUCUUGAAAGGUAGUGUCUACACUAUCGCUACGGAGACGACACCUCUUCCGCCAGCUGCAGCAGGCGCAAAGGUGAUGCGAUCUUACUAUGACCAUUGGUACAACACGUCAGCUGUAAAGUCAGGAAUAGCUGGGAUCAUUGCCUCGAUGGCUUUUCAGCCCAUACCGAAGUCACUAGCCCGGAUCAGCCGAGAGAGAGGUGGCGAUCUGCUGGAUCUCGACGAUGGGUUCGACAGAAUCAUCUUCGAGUUUGAUUACUCCUAUUUGUUCCAACUGGAUGACGCUGCAGUUGAUGAUACAAUGGUCAAAUUGUACACUGGUAUGAAGUCUCGUGUUGAUGGAUUUGUCCAAGACGGCACUCUUCCAGACGCCUACAGGCCCCUGUUCAUGAACGAUGGUUACUUUCGACAGGACUACUGGGGAAGAUUGAAGCCAGAGAAUAGAGAGUUGGCGGAAAGAGUGCGGACUUCGGUUGAUCCAGAGGGCUUGUUCCUCAACAGGACCGGAGGAUUCAAACUCUGAGUCCAAACCUUCCAAAUCCCAAGUAUGCAGACUUUAGCCCGCGUACUUUUGUGACUAGCUUUGGUAAUCAUUCAAAUUGCGCGGUGUUAGGCUAAACUUAUGUGCUCACACCGAGCUUCUCGCGAGCGAAUCAUUGACACCUCGUCGCCUCGGAUUCUGUUGAGUCUUGACCUCUAUCAAAAGGGCAAUAUGAAGUUGAGAUCAAAUGGCCUUUGGAGAAGACUUUGGGUAAGCUGGGAAGUUACGUAAGAGCUCGUCGUAUUACGCCGC